AUGCCUUCUUCAGAAAUAAUCCACGAAUUCGAUACAAUCGAAGACACAAUCACUGCCUUCAAAAAUGGCGAAUUCAUCAUCGUCCUCGACUCCACCUCGCGCGAAAACGAAGGCGACCUAAUAAUAUCCGCCAGCGACAUGACGCCCGAAAAAAUGGCCUUCAUGGUCCGCCACACCUCUGGCAUAAUCUGCACACCGAUCCCCCCCUCCCUAACCACGCAAUUCGCUCUCCCCCAGAUGGUCAGCGACAACGAGGAUCCCAACCGCACCGCCUACACUAUAAGUAUCGAUGCCAACCACCCAUCGACCACCACCGGCAUCAGCGCCCACGAUCGCUCUCUCACCUGCACCAUGCUUGCGGAUGCGAAAUCCAGCCCGCAGAGUUUCCGAAGACCCGGUCACGUAUUCCCCUUGCGGGCGCGCGAGGGUGGUGUGCGUGAGAGACCCGGACAUACGGAGGCUGCGGUGGACUUUUGUAGAUUGGCGGGAAAGCCGCCUGUGGGGGUUAUAUGUGAGAUUGUGGAGGAUGGGGAGGAAGUUGCCGGACAAGCGAUUAGGAAGGAACCGGGCAUGUUGAGGAGAGAUGGAUGUUUAGCUUUUGGAAAGAAAUGGGGGUUGAAGACUUGUACGAUUGAGGCUCUAGUGGAGUAUCUGGAGGAGAAAGAGGGGAAGUGGGUGAAGGAUGAGGAGCAGCGUAAUGGAAAUGGGGUUUGA